GAGAGAGAGAGAGAGAGAGAGAGAGAGAGCGCAGGUUGGGUGGAACAACAGUGGGAGUGACUGCUGUCCUGUAUCCUGCCCAUAGCUCACUGUACAGUUCACUAUAGCGUCCAGUGUGAGAGAAGUAAACAUUUCAACUAGAAGUUAAUCUGCCCUGAGCCGGGGGUAGGAUGGACAGUGCGGGCAGGAAGGUGGUCGUCUGUGACAAUGGCACCGGGUUUGUCAAGUGUGGAUUUGCUGGGUCCAAUUUCCCAGAGCACAUCUUCCCAGCACUUAUAGGACGUCCUGUCAUACGCUCAGACACUAAAGUGGGAAAUAUAAUGAUCAAGGACCUGAUGGUGGGAGAUGAGGCGAGCGAAUGCCGGUCAAUGUUGGAGGUCUCCUAUCCUAUGGAGAACGGGAUGGUACGUAACUGGGAUGACAUGCUUCACCUGUGGGAUCACACUUUUGGACCAGAUCGUCUGAACAUCAAUCCAUCUGACUGUAAAGUGCUGUUGACAGAACCACCUCUGAACCCUCUGAAGAACCGGCAGAAGAUUGCAGAGUACAUGUUUGAGACUUACAAGUUUCAUGGCAUCUACAUCGCCAUCCAGGCUGUGCUGACACUCUAUGCACAGGGUCUUCUGACAGGUGUGGUGGUGGACUCAGGUGAUGGUGUUACUCAUAUCUGUCCUGUGUAUGAGGGUUUCUCACUUCCCCACCUGACACGCAGGCUCGACAUUGCAGGACGUGACAUCACACGCUACCUCAUCAAGCUUUUGCUGUUGAGGGGCUACGCCUUCAACCAAACAGCAGACUUUGAGACGGUGCGGAUGAUGAAGGAGAAACUGUGUUUUGUGGGUUAUAACAUAGAACAGGAGCAGAAACUGUCCAACGAGACGACUUUUUUGGUGGAGUCAUACAUGCUGCCAGAUGGGCGCAACAUAAAGGUUGGAGGUGAAAGAUUUGGGGCUCCAGAGGCGCUUUUCCAGCCACAUCUCAUCAACAUAGAGGGCGCCGGGGUGGCCGAGCUUCUCUUCAACACUAUCCAAGCUGCUGACAUCGACCUCAGGGCGGAUUUGUACAAACAUAUCGUGCUGUCUGGAGGGACGACCAUGUAUCCCGGGCUGCCCUCCCGCCUGGAGAGAGAGCUCAAGCAGCUGUACCUAGAAAGAGUGCUGAAGGGAGACACAGAAAAGCUCUCAAAGUUUAAGAUCCGGAUCGAGGACCCUCCUCGCCGUAAGCACAUGGUGUUCAUGGGCGGAGCCGUGCUGGCCAACAUCAUGAAAGAUAAAGAUUCGUUCUGGUUGUCCAGAGCUGAGUAUGAGGAAAAAGGCCUGAAAGUGCUCGACAAACUCGGAGCAACAAAAUGAUCCACGUCUUACAUGAAAACAGAAAUACAUUCAUGCACAAGCACUAUACUGUCACAUAAAUACGCUGUUUCGCUUCAUAGAUGUAAGGAACCUGAGGAAAUAUGAAUAUAGUGAAUCAUGAGCUUAUAUUUUUCUGACUAUAAAAUGAUCCAAACUGAUCUGAACUUUCUUAACUCCAGGCGUCUCACUAUUUGUCUGUAAGCUGUUCAAAAAUAUUUUGUAUUUGUAAUUAAGAAUAAAAAAGGAAUCCGGUGUAA